AUGCCAGCCAUGGAUCCUGACUCUCCGCUCCUCCGGCAGAUCCCGUCACGAACAGCAACACACACAUCGCACGACGCUGGCUCCCGAAACGAGUUUGACGCUUCGACGCUGAUGGAUGAGGGCGUCGUGCCAAAGAUAUCUCAAGGUGCGAACCGUGAGGUUCAAAGCGAAGGCGCAGAGACGAGCGAAGAUGGAACACCAUCGCUUGGAAAGAACGGCCCCCUCGAGAAGGAACAGGGGCAUGCCUGGCAUCCUGGAAUUUGGGCAAGAUUCCCACAUCGAGCAGUUUGGUCAGUCGUCGGCUGCCUGGCUGCGACAGCCGCGUCCAUAAUCAUCCUGUUCGAGUCAGACGGGCAGCCAACAGAGAAGUGGGCCGUCUCACCUACAGUUUAUCUCGCCAUUUUGACUACCGUCACCAACGUUCUGUCGAAGGUCGCCUUCCGUGACGGUGUCAAGACUGCCUGGUGGCGGAAGGCGCUGCACGGAGGCACGGUCCGCGACUUGCACACACGUUGGUCGCAUGGCGACGGGGUGUGGUCUGCUCUGAUGGCAGGCCGGGACUUCAACUACAUCGCAUUGGCGAGUAUGGCUGCGACCUUCAUUGUGGUGGACCAGCCGCUGAUCCAGCGUGCGUCGAGGGUGGCUGUCGUGCAGAGGACGUCGCCAGUCACUGUGACGGCCAACAUUGCGCCCGAGAUUCCCUGGGGUUUCACGAGCUUCGAGUGGCCGGGGGGAGAUCCUGCCAUGAAAUCACCCAUGAUCACGGCAUUCAACGCGUACUCAGGUCAGGCCUCUAUCAAUGCUGGGUUCUCAGGGUGCGAGGACCUUUGCACCGGGUAUGUCGAGGCAGGCGGGCUCGCGGCACGUUGUAAUACGACGAGCGGGCCUAUCAGGUAUCUGUCCGUCGUCAACUCCCUCUUGAUGGGUGGCAUGAACGAAUCAGCUUUUAGCGUUGAGUUUGAUUUCCCCGAGGAGGGUGGCUAUACGGACCCACCAUCAAUGGCCAUGAGAGUUGCCUAUUCAGAAAACGCAACCGACUGGGACCCUGUGGUCAACAACUAUUCAGUCUGGGGUGGGCAGCUGCCGUGCUUCGCAGUCCGCACGGAGCGCGUGUGCCGUCUCGCCUCAGCCACUCUGCGAUAUCCCGUCACCAUCAACCGAAACAGCGUAACAUUGGGGAACAUGCUUGACGACGGCGAAGUCCAGGCACUACAGGCGCCCUAUGUCAAUUUCAGCACCGGCGACAUCAAUUCACAAUGGACCCUAGGAGGAAUCUAUCUUGCGGCCAGGAUGAUGUUUGCUUCCAAUGCUACGUACAGCGACGAAGGCAAGAGAGGGAACAAAAUGGCUCUCCCAGACACCCUGUCCAAUCAGUUCCUCGCACCAGAUGGCGUCUCCCACGACAACGCACAGCCGUGCAUGUCGACUUGGCAAGACCCAACAAGACACAUCCUCACCGAACUGAAUAAGCUCGCCUUCCUGGUGUCCCUGCAGGCCGCGGACGCCAACUACCGAAACACGUCGGCCCCUCCAGCCCCACAGCUGAUCAGCAUGGACCAGACGAGCAGCGUCGCGGUCUACCAGACGGACUACAGGUACCUAUUUGCCAGCGUCGUGCUCAUCGUGGUGUUCGUCGGGCUGACGCUGCCCACGUUUGCGGGAUGGUGGGAGCUCGGCCGAGAGGUCACGCUGGAUCCGAUCGAGACGGCCAAGGCCUUUGACGCGCCCCUGCUAAAGGGAACGGGUUCGAACGCGCCCCUGAAGGAUCUGAUAAGGACCGUUGGAAUACGGAGGGUGGAAUGGGGUGAAAUGGAAAGCCAUGACGCCGCGGCCCCGCGUGGUGAUCUGGCGGCAAGGCGAAGAGUGCUCGUCUUUGCUGAUCCGGACGAGGUCGCUCCACCCAAGACGGGUGUAUUCUUCACUUGA